GGUUUACGUCACAGUCCACCAUUGCCUGCUUCGAUCUUCCUUGGCUGGUCUCUUUCUCUGUCUUCAUAUUCCAUAUGUGCGUCCUCUCUCUUCCUCAUCCUUGUCUCGCACUUCCCUUGGAGCCCCACUUCCACUUUUUUAAUCUUCCCACGCUUAGCCGCCUUCCUCUUCGGCUCUCUUUCUCUGUCCCCCUUCCAACUCAUGAUAUUUUCCUCUUCAACUCAUUUUCAACUAUUCGGGCCCUGAAAUAGCGUUCCUUGCAUCCAUUUCUUACCAGCUUUAAUUUCUCGGCGUUGAGUGGGGGUUUUAAUUUGGUUGUCUUUUCGUGUGGAUUUGAGGUUUUGGUGAACUGGGUUUGGUGAUUUCUUCCGGAAUUCGUGAGUUCUUGACGUGUCUGGGUUUGGAUUCUUAGCUGUCGUGGCUACUAGGUGUUUGGCGAUUUAUUCUUUCUUGGUUCAUUUUGCUGAAUUGGGUGUUCAGGGACUAACUUGAAUUUCGCGGGGACUGUGAAAAAUUGAAUUCAGAGGACGUUGAAGACGGUUGAACGUUGUUGUCUAGACAACGUCGGAGGCGUGAACUUCUAUAUAAAACUGCUUUAUUCUAUUAUCAGAAUCUCAAAUACGGGUUCCUCUAUGCUCGUUUUGUCCCAGAAGGCUUUGAUUGUUAGUUGGCGGUGAUCGUGAGAAAUUGAACUUGCCUUUCAUGUAGCAAUUCGUGGUUUUGUCUUCGAUUGGUCGCUAACUUGUGUUUCUUUCCCUUGGCCAGUUUGUUGAAUUGGCUUGUGAACUUGGUUGCAGCUGACGAUCUAUCCGAUAUCAGCUUACUUACCUUCUCCUUUUCAAUGUUUAAAUCCGUGAAGCCAAAAGUUACUGGGGGUUUGAAGUUUUAGCUGGCAAAAAUUCUUCGAGGCUAAGUUUGAAGUUUUUAACUAUUAUUUGCUGCCAGACCAGGAAUUUCCCCUUCUACUGGUUAAUUCUACAUAUAAGCAACGAGAUUGCUUCAUGCUUCUCAGCUGUCAGAGAGAAAUGCUUUUAUUAUCUCUUAGUACUCUAAAGUGCAAAAGGAUAACAAUAUCUAGUUAAGUAUGGCUAUCCCUACAUUAUUCUUGAUGCUAUUGCUUCAACUGCCUAGCAUUUUCGCCACUGUUUCUUCCUUACAGUCAACUGAUUGUGGUCCUUAUUGGGUAGCCUACUCAUUUUCUCUUGGCAAAGAACUUUACUACAUAAAUGAUAAUAUAGUGGACAAAGUUACUUUCUGCAAGGCCCUCCAACUGUAUAUUGGAAAUGGCUGUGAUUUGAAGGACCACUUUGAAAGUAGCAAUUGUGCCUUGGAUGUUCUUACAGUUCAUUCACCUUCAAAGGCAGGUAGAAAACUUCUGCAGAAGGAUUUAAACAAUAUUUCAUCAUUUCAAUCCCACCAAAAUGUUUCUAAGAAUCUGUCAUCCCCUCAAGUUGGGAUAGUUGCAAGUGGAGCUUUCUUGGUAUGUUGUGUUGCUAUCUGUCCUUGUAUCUUUGGGAAGAGACGAAAAGCCGCUACCCAUGCUGAUUUGACCAAGGACACACAUUCAAUUGAUUCAGCUUCCCCCUUUGAAGUAAACGCUGUUUCUGAAAAGAUGCCUGCAAGUCCACUUCGCGUGCCACCUAGUCCUUCAAGAUUCUCUUUGUCCCCAAAACUCAGUAGAAUUGGGUCAUUACAUCUGCACUUGAAUCAAAUUGUAAAAGCUACCCAUAAUUUCUCAGAUACUUUACGAAUAGGAGAAGGUGGCUUUGGAACUGUCUACAGGGCUCAGCUUGAAGAUGGAUUGGUUGUGGCUGUGAAACGUGCAAAAAGGGAGCAUUUUGAGACUUUGAGAACUGAAUUCAGCAGUGAGGUUGAAAUCCUGGCCAAAAUCGAUCAUCGAAACUUGGUGAAGCUACUAGGUUACAUUGACAAAGGAAAUGAACGUCUUCUUAUCACUGAGUACGUAGCAAAUGGUUCCCUUAGAGAACAUUUGGAUGGUCUACGUGGCAAUAUACUAGAUUUCAAUCAGCGCCUUGAAAUUGCCAUUGAUGUUGCUCAUGGCUUGACCUAUCUGCACACAUAUGCAGAAAAGCAGAUUAUCCAUCGGGAUGUGAAAUCAUCGAACAUUCUUCUGACAGAAAGCAUGAGAGCCAAAGUUGCCGAUUUUGGAUUUGCAAGAGUUGGUCCCUCGAAUUCUGAUCAGACACACAUUUCUACCAAAGUGAAAGGAACAGUUGGUUAUUUGGAUCCUGAGUACAUGAAAACAUACCAACUCACUACCAAGAGUGAUGUUUACUCAUUUGGAAUUUUGCUUCUAGAAAUUCUGACAGGCCGACGUCCAGUGGAAUUGAAGAAACCAGUUGAAGAGCGGGUUACAUUACGAUGGGCUUUCAGGAAGUUCGAUGAAGGAAAUGUGGUGGCACUGCUGGAUCCUUCAAUGAAGGAAAGUGUAAAUACAGAGGUUGUUAUGAAAAUGAUCGAGUUGGCAUUUCAAUGUGCAGCGCCGGUUCGAGCAGAUCGACCUAACAUGAAAUCGGUGGUCCAGCAAUUGUGGACCAUAAGAGCAGAAUACCUCAAGAGUGCAAGGAGAGCAUAGACUCUGAAAUGAAUCGGAGAUUGAUACUGUGAAGAAGUUAAGAUGGUGUUUAUUUCCCCUUUUUUCUUUUCAACCUGAAUUGACCAACUUGUCCUCUCUAUGCUGUGAAAUGAAGUUUUUCAUGUGGAUCUUCCUUCAAAAUGAUUGUAUCUGUGGGAUUAUGGUGUGGUUUCUAAUAUCACUUGCGUGAUUCAAGAUUUGCUUCAA